GCGGGCUGGAGCCGCAGCGCUAGGCGCCGGAGUGGUCUCUAGGAGUCUGAGAGCGCCAUGGGCACCUCGUCUGAGAUGCUGGUGCGGUUCGGAAGGCGCUGUGGACAGGCGAGGGAAAGCACAGAGAAAAAGAAAUCUGAAGAAGAUCAAGUUGUCUAUCCACCUCUUCUACCUAGCAAAGUAGAUCUUCGGCAGGUCACCAUAAUUCCACAAAGUGAGUGGGAAAGGAUUCGAGACAGCCUUGACAGUUUGACAAGAGAAGCAGCAUGCCUUCGUGCAGAAAGAAGGGCAAAGAAAGAAAUGCAUUUCCGAUCCCAAGAAGUGGUAAAACAUUGGACUAAUACAUAUGCAGGGAUGAAAGAACAGAAACUUGAAGCCAAAAAGAAGCGCGACGAAGAAAUCGAGGCAGAAAGACAAAUUCUUGAUGUGGAAGAAGCGAUACACAAACAGGGAGAAAGAAAAAAGGCCAUCGAAUAUGCAAAGCAAUGUCAAUUUUACCAGACAGAAAGAGUGAAAAACUUUCAUUCGGGACUUCUUCUUAGUAGAGUUAUGAAAGAACGUGAUGCACAGAUUGAAUCCCAAAAGAAUAAAAUAAAAUCAGAUAAAAAAUGGGAGGAACAAUUGAAACUCAACAUUGAAAAAGCUUUUAAAGAAGAACAAGAAAAAGCAGAAAAACAACGUAGAGAUAGAGUGGCUCUUGCCAAUGAUCAUUUAAAACAAAUAAAGGAACAUGAAGAGGAAGAAGAAAGAAGGAGAAGACAUGAGGAAAAGGAUGCUGAGGAAAUAAAGCGACAGAAUUUAUUGUAUGAAAUAGAAAUGAGAAAAAAACUAGAAAAGAAAAAAGAAGAGAGAAAUGAGAGCAGGAGACUGUUUUUUGAACAUAUGAAUGAUAAAAAUAUCAUCAAAGCUGUAGAACGGCAGCAGCAAGAGGAGGAAGAUGAAAAGAUUAGAAAAUUUAUCAAAGCAAAAAAGCGUCUUGCACAAAUGGGGAAAGAAAAAGAAGCUGAAACACACAGGCUAAUGGAGGAACGGAGAGAAAGAAUAAAUAACUUCCUGAGUGAACUAAUGAAAGAGAAACUUGACAAUGAAGAUUUGAUUAUUGCUAGAGAUAUUGCAGAAGCUGAGGCUGAAUGGGAAAAAAGAGAAAGGGAAAAAUAUGAAAAAAACAAAGCAGAAUUAAAAGCAAUUGCAGAAUAUAGAACUCUUGUGAUGAAAGAUAAAGAAGAAGAAAAAAGACAAAGCAAAAUAGAGGCUAAAGAACAUUUGCUGGCUAUGAUGAAAGCAGAUCAGAUUUUCUUCGAGCAUGAAAAGGAGAAAAAACGCAAGGCUGAUAAAGAACAGCGAGAAGUUCAAGACACCAAUAUUCAGCAAAUGGCCAAAAAUAAGUUUAACGCAAAGCAAGCAAAACAAGCUGAAUUAGAGUAUUGCAGACUUACUGAAGCUCUUGUGGCUGAAAAGGAGAAAGAAUUUCAGGAUUAUGCCAGAGAAGUAAUUGAACUUGAGUCUGAAUCAACAAAUAAAUAUCUGUCUCCUCUUGUAAAAGCUGCACAGGAAGGACCUGGAGGUGGCCGUGGACCAGUUUUUGUGGACAGAGGUGGAGUAAGACCCAGCUAUCAGGCAAGUGAUACCACUGGAGUCCAGCUCCCUUUUUAUAACUCUCAGGGAUCAAAAUAUAAUAAUUUCCAAAAGUCUAAGAAAAGGCUAGGUUUUACAUGGUAGAAAAAAGUUUAUUUUUAAGAUUGAGAAGACUAAGCUGUAGCUAAUAUUAUGCUAAGUUGUAGCAAAUAUGAACUACAAAUGUAGUCAAUUAUAUGCUUAUAAUUUGAUAAUAAAGCUGCUCUUCAUCUGAGUACAAUUAUGUCUGAUCUAAUUGAUUUUUCACCACCCAAGGUUAAUUAAUUCAUAUUCCUUUUAUUUUGAUAAAAUACAUAUACAACAUAAAAUGUAUCAUUUUAGCCAUUUAAAAAUAUUCAGUGGCAUUAAGUAUAUUCAUAAUAUUGUGCAACCAUUGCCAUUAUCUAGUUCCAGAACUUUUUCAAUGCUCCAAAUGGGAACCUUGCACCUAUUAAGCAGUCACUCCCCGUUCCCCCUCUGCAUAGCGCCUGGCAAACCACUAAGCUGCUUUGUCUCUAUGGAUUUGCCUGUUUUGGAUAUUUCAUAUGAAUAGAAUUAUACUGUAGCCUUUUGUGCCUGGCCUGUUUCGUUGAGUGUAGUUUCAAGGUUCAUCCAUUUUGUACCAUCAUCAGUACUUCAUUCCUUUUUACAGGCGACUAAUAUUCCAUUGGAGGUAUUUCUUUUCUCUUCAGCAUAAAUUUAUGUACUUAUUUGGUUUAUCCUUCAAUAUUUAGUUUCAAAUAACCCUACCAAUAUUAUUACUAACAUACUACUGAAUACAGUUUAUGACUUCUUUGUGGUUUAUUUUGUAGUGUAUCUCACUAGACGUGUGCAAAUUACCAUGUAUUAAA